AACAAAUAUUGUAUCAGAUAGAGAGAAAAAUAUACAAUUUUUAUUAAAUAGAAAUUAAACUUACUAAGUAAAAUUAAUAAAAAUGUCCUUUAAAUAGUGAAAUAGUACCUUACUAUAUUCCUUGCUUUGCAUUCAACCUUCAUCGCCAUCACAGGAUCAGUGCGGAGACGGAGAAGGCACAACAUAAAGCAUCCCCAAAGCACAACUGCUCAGAUCUUACCAUGCCAUCUCACUUAUGUGUUAUGGUUGAAACAUUGAUAUUGAUUGUUCUAGCACAAACAGUUGUGGGAGUGAAUUCACUUUCAGAAGCUGAUAAGAUAGGCACUUUGCCUGGGCAGCCACAAGUCAAAUUCCAGCAAUAUGCUGGUUACAUUACAGUAGAUGAGAAGCAGAAGAGAGCUUUAUUUUACUACUUUGUUGAAGCAGAAGUACAACCAGCUUCUAAGCCACUUGUUCUAUGGUUAAAUGGAGGGCCUGGUUGUUCCUCUGUUGGGGCUGGAGCUUUUGUUGAGCACGGCCCUUUCAAACCAAGUGAAAAUGGUCUUGUGAAGAAUGACUAUAGUUGGAACAAAGAGGCAAAUAUGCUGUACGUGGAAUCUCCGGCUGGUGUCGGUUUCUCCUACUCUGCCAAUAAAUCUUUCUAUGACCUUGUGAACGAUGAAAUAACAGCAAGGGAUAAUCUUGUUUUCUUACAGCAUUGGUUCACUAAAUUCCCAGAGUACAAAAACAAUGACUUCUUUAUUACAGGGGAGAGUUAUGCAGGUCACUAUGUACCCCAACUUGCACAACUCAUUGUUCAAACCAAGACAAAAUUCAAUUUAAAGGGAAUAGCGAUAGGGAAUCCUCUUCUGGAAUUUAACACUGAUUUCAACUCCAGAGCUGAGUUUUUCUGGUCUCACGGACUAAUAUCAGAUUCAACCUACGAAAUCUUCACUAAAGUAUGCAACUAUUCCCAAAUUAGGAGACAGCAUCAAAGUGGGAAACUUACCCCGGUUUGUGCGGGAGUAAAUAAACUAGUGUCAUCAGAGGUUAGCAGAUACAUUGAUACAUAUGAUGUUACUCUUGAUGUCUGUCUAUCAUCAGCAGAUCAACAGGCUUAUGUUCUGAAUAAAUUAACUCAACUGCAAGAGGGAGCGAAGAUAGAUGUUUGUGUGGAAGAUGAAACUAUCACAUACUUGAAUAGGAAAGACGUGCAGGAAGCUCUCCAUGCUAAGCUCGUAGGGAUCACCACAUGGUCAACCUGCAGCGAUGUUCUCAAUUAUGACAUGCAGAAUCUAGAGAUUCCUACCAUUUCUAUUAUAGGGGCAAUUGCUAAGACAGGUAUCAGGGUUCUGGUAUACAGUGGAGAUCAGGAUUCAGUCAUCCCACUACUUGGGACACGAUCCCUUGUAAAUGGAAUAGCCAAGGAAUUUGGAUUGAAUACUACCGUGUCCUAUAGAGCUUGGUUUGAGGGAAGACAGGUGGCUGGGUGGACACAAUUAUAUGGAGACAUGUUAUCAUUUGCCACUAUAAGAGGAGCAGCUCACGAGGCUCCGUUUUCACAACCAGAGAGAUCAUUAGUGCUGCUAAAAGCAUUUUUGGAAGGAAAGCCUCUUCCGGAACCAUUCUCUUAAAUGUGAAUUGAUAGAUAACACAGCACAGGUGUUCUAAGCUCAAUGAGUAAAGAAACUCACCUAAUACCGAUUAUUGUCAUUGGAUCCCCUUUCACUUGUUAUCAACAUUAAUACUUCUAACUUUCUGCUGUUCUUUCUUUCCGCACAAUGAGGAAAUGCUACAUGUACUGCCACAUACCAUAAAAUAUAUUUGAUCCUCCGAAUGU